ACUAGAUUUGAAUUUCAUAUCCGCAAGAUGGAAACCUUUCAAGUGUUCCAAUCAUAUGGUAAAGUGAGGUUAUGUACGUCCGGGAAUUCAAGAACGUAAAUCAGAAUUGCAGGAAAAUCAUGAAAAAUCUGUGAAAAUCUUCUGUAAAAAGUAAAAUGCAAGCAAUAUUUUACAUUUUAGACCAAAAUGGUGUUUUAGAUGUGUACAUUAUUAGUAAGAGAAGGGUAAAGUACUACCGGAAGGAAGAUUCCGUGGAAAAAGAUCAGCAUUUUCUGGAAAUUGCCACAAUUUUCCAUGCAAAUGGCUAUGAAAUUCAGAAUUUCCUGCACUACCUGAACACCGGAUGCCAUACAAGGGCUGUUGUGAGUGGGAAUCUGGAUAAAUUCACGAGAGUGAUUGUUCAGGUGCGAGAUCCUGAGAAAAAUCCUAUAGAUUACCGAGGAUGUAGGAUUGCAUGUCAGAUCGCAUGGGAACGUGCAGAACUGGACAAUUUGCUUUCCUGGUUCUCCACACUCGGCGGUGCCUUUUCUUCUCUCGGGGAUGACUUUGAGCACUGUGCGGAGAUUGCUGGACAGAUCUCAAUGAAACAGCUCAGAAUCGCCCUGAAAUUGGGGGAUCCUCACACAAUUGCCCGGUGCAAGUUGUAUUUCAGCAUCUCCCUCAUCCAGCGUGGACACCUUCGGCAAGCAAAGUACCUCAUCCGUGAGCAAUACUCCUUUGCCAUAUCCUCAGCUCAGCCCGAUGAACGUUUGGUAAGGAUGUGCCUUGGGAUUUGGGCAAAACUUCAGUAUACGCAUGAAAUGCGUCUCAUAGACCGACAAAAACGCCUCCAAUCGCAGCCUACUUGAAC